AUGGCUCAGAAACCUUUGACAUAUAAACAGAAAGCUGGGAUUUCUUUCAUAGCGCAGGAUGAUCCACCUUUUAUCAAAGAGAUGAAGAAGAAAAUGGGCUUCCAAGAAGGUCCCAAGCUUGAGGAUAAAGUAAAGGUUUUCUUGCAGUUUCAAGAUGAAGCGGGACCCGCUGAUAUAGAUGAUCCUGAAACGGAACUCUUGAGAAUGAAAGAGGAGGAUCGGCCUCAGGUGGGAAUAUCAAAAAAAAUUUUUUUGAGCGUUACAACAUUUUAGAU